CACAGGGUUAUUCCAUCAGUCACCUGGCAGAGCAUGCGGUUGUUUUUCACUGAGAGUGUAUUGACAAGUCAAGGUCCACUUAGCAGGGUGGGUUGGCCUUAUAAAUACGGAGAUACUGGAGGCAGCAGCUCCAGUAUUCACAAGCUCAUGAAGAGCCCGUCCUGUGAGAGGAGGUGACAUCUCUACAACCUACAAAAUGGAUAACGAAUGUCAUUGUUCGACCAACGGCGACAGACUUUUGAAUCCUAUCCUCUACAACAUCCUCAGCCAAAUGGAUAACAGCAAACCAAGUCAACACAACUUCAACUACAAUUCAAUACCUCAUAGAUGCAACUGUGAGCUGCGUCGGACAGUGUGCUUGAAAAGGCCGUCUGAGAUUUGCAAAGAAGCCUCAGCAGUUCUGGUUAAAACCGUCCAUUUCAUGAAGAACUUGCCCGCUUUUAACCAGCUUCCACCCAAUGACCAGUUCUCACUUCUCAAAAGCUGCUGGGCACCGCUCUUCAUUUUGGGUCUGGCCCAAGAGCAUGUGGACUUUGAGGUGACGGAUUCUCCUGCUGACAGCAUGCUGAAAAAGAUUCUCCUGAACCUCCAGGAGGGCCCCGAGAUGGAGAGAGAGCAGCCCACCAUGGCUGGAGUCAGCAAACUCAAGUCCUGCAUCAAAAAGUUUUGGAGUUUGGAUUUGAGUCCAAAGGAGUACGCAUACCUCAAGGGGACGACGAUAUUUAAUCCAGAUGUCCCAGACCUAAAGGCAGCUCUGUUCGUUGAGGGGUUGCAACAGGAAGCUCAGCACGCCCUGAGCGAUAUGGUCCGGCUCCUUCACCCCAGGGACCAGGAGCGUUUUGCUCGAAUCCUCCUCACAGCCUCCACACUGCAGAGCAUCACACCCAGCCUCAUCACUGAACUGUUCUUCCGGCCCGUGAUCGGCCAGGCUGAUCUGCUGGAGCUGCUGGUCGACAUGCUAUUCUGCAGGUAGAAGACGACUGGUGGACUUCAUGAAACGGUCCUGGAGAAAGUUGACUAUCAGACACAGCUGUGAUGUUUUGGGGGGUUUUUUUGUUGUUGAACUAACCAAACAAUGUUCCCUCAUGAAAUGAAGGAACUCCUGACAGUGGAGUGCUCAAAAACUGUGUGAAUUGUUGCAAACGUGUUGUCUUCCAUUGUGAACAUGAGACUAUGAAUCACUUUUAUUCACAUUGAAGCUGAGGUCACUUUAACCAUAUCCGAAAAGAUUGUAUCCGCUGAAGUGGAAAGAUUUGACCUUCCACAUAUUACAAAAAGACGGACUGUACCAACUUUUAAUAUACUGUGUCUCAUGUUGAAGAUAUUCUCUUUGCUUCAGUGUUGUAAAUACAUUUUGUCUGAAUUUACAGAACAUUUCAAAUAAAUCUAUUUUUGUAC